AUGCCGUUGAUUGCGGCAGGAGGUGAUGGAUUCUAUACUGGUUUUUUGACGCCUCAGGGACGUAUGUUAUACGACGCAUUCAUCUAUCCUGUCAAUGCCGGUGUCAACUUCCCUCAUCCGAAAUUCAUGAUGGAACUGCCAGCAACUGCCACACAACACAUGUUCAAGCACUUGAAACGAUACAUUUUACGAUCCAAAGUCAAAUUGCGAGACGUGUCAGACGAGUUCGGUGCAUGGAGUGUCUGGGGCAAUACAUAUCAGCAUGCCCAAGAAGAAGAAAACAAGGUACCCGCUGGUAGUUUGGUCAAGAAGGGCAAACGACUUUCGGAUAUCGGAUGUACUGAUCCCCGAGUACCCGGAUUUGGCUAUCGUGCCAUUGUGCCACGAAAGGAAUAUACGAUUCGCCGGAUAUUGAAUGGCAUUCCGGAAGAGAUGUGCCUUCUACCAGUUGACUUUAGAAAGGGAUGCUACGUUGGUCAAGAACUGACGAUCCGUACAUAUCACACCGGCGUUGUUCGCAAGCGAAUUAUGCCAGUUCAAUUGUACGCUAAGGAUGAAAGCGCCCCAACUACGUUGAGCGUAGACCGGGGGACAACGUAUCCAAACGAGAUUCAGCCUCAAAUGGAUGUCAAGCUCAGUAAUUCCAAAAGCAAGCGUGGCGUGGGCAAAAUGUGUUCUGGCAUUCAUAAUAUUGGACUGGCGCUCAUGCGAUUAGAACAAGUGGAAAAAUGUGUAACAGGACAAGAUAUUGUGUUUGAAGUUCCAGAAACCAAUGUUCGCGUUCGGCCCUUCUUGCCAGAAUGGUGGCCUGUAGAGGAACAAUAA